AUGGCAACACGGGGCGAUGUCGACAUGGUCGACGUGGGUGCGAAAACACAGGAUGCGCACGACGACGCGGAUUUGCUACAGACCGCGCACAGCGACGCGUUCGCGUUGUCGGAUACUGAGAUGUUAGCCCUGCAGCUCUACGACCAGCUCAAGGAACUGGAGCUGCAGCAGAGCCUCGUACAAGCGCAACAAGCAGGCACGUUGAACAUGUCAGAUUGGCGCGAGGCUAUGGAAGCGAAGGCAGAGUACGAGAUCAGGAACAGAAUCACGCACAACGUACUGGUCAUGGAUCCGGUGCUCAAAGCUGUUCAUGGGGGCGAGCGGACGCGAUUUGCUGAAAAGCGCCUGCUCCCACUCGUGACCGAGAACGACACAAUGGCCAUGACACAUGGUGCUCAAACCGCCAAACUUGCUUCUACUACACGUGCUCUGAGUGCAGCAGAACAAGGAAACAUGGCUGCGAACCAGAAGAACCGGGAGCUGGCACAGACGAUGCUUGCUUUGGCCGAAGAAAUGAAGGCGCAAUCAGUGCAGGAUAUCGAAGACGCGCAGUUGCGCAGCCAGGUGGAUGCUGUCGAGAAGCAGCUUGUAGAGUCGAGACGAAGAGUGAAGACGCUCAAGGGGGUACUAUCAGGCAUGAUUGUGGGCAGUGGGAUCAACUGGGCUGCAGACGAGGGCUUGACGGAGCUGGUGAUGGAUGACGAGGAGGACGGGUGA